UUAUUGGCUCGCACAUAUUCGAUGUUCUCCUUUUUCCAGCUCCCCACUGGUGAGGUAAGGGCUCGAUGCCGAGGGACCAACCGCCACCACCCUAGCGGCUCCGGGAGGCCCGAAGAGACGGCACCUCGGGACCUUCUCACAAGGCAGUCCCAAGCGACAGACGGCCUGGCACAGACCGGGGAGCUGCAGGUGCCUCCGGUAUGAAAACUCAAUGGGGUCGUCCAAAAAUGUAGUAAGUGAGCCUGUUGAUGUGGAGGAAGGCUAUAACAUGAUGGCUUCUUUCCAACGCUCUAAUAGUCAUGACAAAGUGAGGAAAAUAGUUGCAGAAGAGGGACGUACAGCAAGGAACCUCAUUGCAUGGAGCGUUCCACUGGAAAAUAAAGAUGAUGAUGGAAAAUCAAAAUGGCAAGCUGGUGGAAAAACAAAGAGGGUGACUCAAGGAACACAGAAGACUGCAAAACAGAGCACUACCAUAGACUGUAAAUUAACAGCAGCAGCAGCUGGAGAUAAAAACUUUGACAAAAGCCCAACAAAAACAAGACAGCCUCGAAAAGUUGAUCUGCGAGCUCGAUACUGGGCAUUUCUUUUUGACAAUCUUAGACGGGCAGUUGAUGAAAUCUAUGUUACAUGUGAAUCCGAUCAGAGUGUAGUAGAAUGCAAGGAAGUCCUGAUGAUGCUUGAUAACUAUGUAAGGGACUUCAAAGCAUUGAUUGACUGGAUACAGCUACAGGAGAAGCUAGAAAAAGCUGAUGCUCAAAGCAGACCUACUUCAUUAGCCUGGGAAGUAAAGAAAAUGUCUCCAGGACGCCAUGUGAUUCCAAGUCCAUCAACAGAUAGAAUUAGUGUGACAUCAAAUGCUCGAAGAAGUUUAAAUUUUGGGAACCCUGCAGUGACAAUUUCUGCAACACGCCUGGCUCCUUCUGGUGUAAGUUGGGCGGAUAAGGUGAAAGCUAAUCAUGGAAAUAAAGCUGCCAGUCCUGAGAUAGCAACUGCACAAACCUGUCUGCCACCUCCAGUACAGAAGUCAUCGCGGAAAAAUGAUCGAAAGGAUGCAGAGGGCUGGGAAACAGUUCAGCGUGGAAGGCCUGUUCGAUCUCGAUCCACAGCUUUGGCAACAAAAACUCCUGUAGCUGCGGAAUCGCUAAAGUCCAAAGGUGACAGUGAUAAAGAAAACAUCAUUUCACCACCAUCAGAGAAUAAGCGUGGGAGUUUGCUCCCUGACAGUGGUGCAUCCAAAAGCACGGAGCUUGUACAGAAAGAUCCUUUACAUCAGCCUGAAGAUCCUCUUACAGAAAGGACUCAGUUAACAGCACACGCCUCAGAAGACAAUGGGAGCACUGGCACGCCGUUGCAAGAAGAUUCCUUACAAACAGUCUCUGAGAUGCCUGCAGUUUUCACAAAUACUGACUGUACUUCAAAAACUCUGCAGAUUAAUGAAGCUUCCUCCCUGACCACUGAUAGUAUAGACCAGCAUCACACAGAAAAAGCUAAAACUGAAACUGAAAUGGAUCCCGCAGAUAUUUCAAAUGUGAGUGCUGCCAGAUUGUCUAUGGCAGAAGUCCUUGCUAAGAAAGAAGAGUUAGCAGAUCGCCUGGAAAAGGCAAACGAAGAAGCCAUUGCUAGUGCUAUUGCAGAAGAAGAGCAAUUAACUAGAGAGAUCGAAGCAGAGGAAAACAAUGACAUUAAUAUUGAGACUGACAAUGAUAGCGAUUUCUCUGCUAGUAUGGGCAAUGGGAGCAUAUCUUUCUGUGGUAUAUCUAUGGACUGGAAUGAUGUCCUGGCAGAUUAUGAAGCUCGUGAAUCGUGGCGCCAGAGUAAUUCUUGGGGAGACAGAGUGGAAGAAGAGCCUGCACGUCCACCUGGACAUGGAAUACACAUGCAUGAGAAACUGUCAUCGCCAUCACGCAAAAGAACAAUAGCAGAAUCCAAAAAGAAACAUGAAGAGAAACAAAUGAAAGCUCAACAGCUGAGAGAAAAGUUACGUGAAGAGAAGACACUGAAGCUUCAAAAAUUAAUGGAGAGGGAGAAGGAUGUGCGGAAAUGGAAAGAAGAAUUAUUAGAUCAAAGACGCAGGAUGAUGGAAGAAAAAUUACUGCAUGCAGAAUUUAAACGUGAAGUGCAGCUACAAGCAAUUGUGAAAAAAGCACAAGAAGAAGAAGCUAAGGUAAAUGAAAUUGCAUUUAUAAACACCUUAGAAGCUCAGAAUAAACGUCAUGAUGUGUUGAAUAAACUGAAAGAAUAUGAACAGCGCUUAAAUGAAUUACAAGAAGAGCGCCAACGAAGACAAGAGGAAAAACAAGCACGUGAUGAAGCAGUUCAGGAGCGCAAAAGAGCCCUAGAAGCAGAACGGCAAGCCCGAGUUGAGGAGCUGCUGAUGAAGAGGAAAGAACAAGAAGCGCGGAUUGAACAGCAGAGGCAGGAGAAAGAAAAAGCACGAGAAGAUGCAGCACGGGAGAGGGCCAGAGAUCGAGAAGAGAGGUUGGCAGCUCUUACUGCAGCUCAACAAGAAGCCAUGGAAGAACUACAGAAGAAGAUUCAACUGAAGCAUGAUGAAAGUAUCAGAAGGCACAUGGAACAAAUUGAACAAAGAAAAGAGAAAGCAGCUGAAUUAAGUAGUGGAAGACAUGCUAAUACUGAUUAUGCACCAAAACUUACACCAUACGAACGAAAAAAACAGUGCUCAUUAUGCAAUGUCAUGAUUUCAUCAGAAGUAUACCUUUUUAGCCACAUUAAAGGGAAAAAACACCAACAAGCUGUGAGAGAAAACAGUAGUAUCCAAGGACGAGAGCUUUCGGAUGAAGAAGUGGAGCACCUGUCAUUAAAAAAGUACAUUGUGGAUAUUGUGAUUGAGAGUUCUGUUCCUGUGGAACCAUUAAAAGAUGGAGAGGAGAAACAAAAAACUAAAAAGAAAGCCAAAAAGCUAAAGGCGCGGAUGAACUCCAGGGCUAAAGAAUAUGAGAGUUUGAUGGAAGCAAAAAAUGCUGUCUCAGAUUCCCCAUUUAAAGCCAAGUUACAGCGAUUAGCAAAAGACCUUUUAAAGCACCUCCAAAUGCAGGAUAGCUGUUCGUUGGGGAACAACAAGGUCUCUGCUCUGGACAGGACUUUAGGAGAGAUCUCUCGUAUUCUGGAAAAAGAGAACACAGCAGAUCAAAUAGCAUUUCGGGCUGCAGGAGGACUGACUGCCCUUGAAAAUGUUCUUCAGGCGGUGACCUCUCCCACCAAUCUGAAUGCAGUUUCACGGAUUCCUUUUAAGUCACUGUGCAAUACAGUAAAUGUUUACAGCCUCACAUGCAGUAAUUGCGCAGAAAACUGCACCUAUGUUCUUUUUAGUAACAAGAUCACUUUUCUAAUGGACCUGUUGAUACACCAGUUUACGGUUAGUGUUCCAGAUGAUCAUAAUGCUACUUCAGGCAGAAGUGCAAAUAAGCAGGUAUUUGAAGGUUUAACAACAGGACUUCUGAGGAUAACUGCUGUGAUUUUCAGAUGUCUAAUCUCCAGCUUCCCAGAUGGAAACAGCCACUCCACUGCACUGAAGAUACUACAGGAAGUAAAAAGUAAAUCCUCACAAGUGGAAGCCUUCAACAGCAGAGUCCAAGACUUGAUCAGUUACGUGGUGAACAUAGGAUUGAUAGACAAGCUGUGUUGCUGUUUCCUCUCCGUUCAAGGCCCUGUUGAUGAGAAUCCCAAAAUAGCAACUUUUCUGCAAAACGCCACAGCAGUGUUGCAUGGAAUAUGUCAACUGUGUUUUGCUGUCAAUGGAAGAUCUUGGAACAUAUUUGACAACACACGUCAGGACCCCACAGGACUAACAGCAGCUCUUCAGUCUACGGAUCUGGUUGGAGUCUUGCAUAUGCUGUACUGUGUUCUUUUCCACGGGACAAUUUCGGAUCCAAACACAGCAAGUCCUAAAGACAGCUAUGCAGCGAACACAGUCCAGGUUGCCAUUCACAGUUUACGUUUCUUCAAUAGUUUUGCUAUUCUUGAUCUGCCUGCCUUUCAGUCUAUUGUGGGUGCUGAAGGACUAUCCCUUGCAUUCCGGCAUAUUAUCAGCUCUCUGCUGUGGUACUGUUCCCAGCAUACCUGUGAAGGAUUGCUACACGAAGUCAUUAUUUGUGUGGGCUAUUUUACUGUAAACAACACAGAUAAUCAGAUCAUUGUACAAUCUGGCCGUCACCCCACGGUGCUGCAAAAACUAUGCCAGUUGCCUUUCCAGUAUUUCAGUGAUCCUCGUUUAAUCAAAGUGCUCUUCCCUUCGCUAAUAGCUGCUUGUUACAAUAACCCUCAGAACAAGAUCAUCCUGGAGCAGGAGAUGAGUUGUGUUUUACUCGCCACGUUCAUUCAGGAUUUUGCACAGAGUUCAGGCCAAAUGGAGAAUCAGUUAUCUCAGCAGAGGGAAAAAUUUUUCAAUUCUCAAGAUUAUCUUGAGCUGUCCAACCGAUUCCCCCGCCAGUCCUGGGAAGAAGCUCGACAGUUCUUCUUAAAAAAAUAAGUGUUGUAUUUGGGUUUAGAAUCCCUAACAUCGUCGUGCUCACCGGUUCCUGCUGACUACCUUCCUUAAAAGCCUAUUCCGAAAAGUUUUUUUAUACUCUAAAAUACUUAUGCUGUAGAUACAUAAUUUGCACUAUUUAUAUUCUAAGUACUGUAGAUACUUUCAAGUUCUGUUUUGUAAUUUUGAUAAGUUUAUUUCAUUCACAUAUCCUGUCAUGAUUUGGGUAUUUUCUACCCUGUGAUGUGGUGGUACUUGCACUGCAGAACUGCUGAAACAAGAUUGCAAAUAGAGAAAAUAUGUUCUAUAUAUCUUGUAAUAAAAUAACUUAUUCUGUCUGUAGGGUGACUUCUGCGUUACAAAUGUUGGUGUGUUUGAAUUAACAUAAGCAACGCAAGGCUCGGAGAGAAAUAAAAAAAAAAAAAGACUCCUAAGAUGCCUUUCCAGUUAAUCAAAAGUCUAAAGAAUGUCAGAUUUGGCUCCAAGGAAAGUUCGCUUAUAAUUUUUUUGGUGAUUUGGGAUGUCAUGCAAUACGGAUUUUUUUAAACCAUACGCAUUUUUAACGUUUCGGUAAGACUUUAAUAACGCUUGUUUAAACCUCCUGAUGUUCCCUUAACGGCGAAGGUUCCGCGAAGCAGAAUUAAAACGUGAAAACGG